AGAAGCUCGGAGGGGCGGGGCAAGAUGGCGGCUGCGGCAACGGCGCUACCGGUCUCCCUCUCGGGCAGGUUUAAAGGAUCUUUUGCGUACGUUACAAUUAAAGACAGACUGCCUCAGAUCCUCACAAAAGUUAUUGAUACUUUGCAUCGACAUAAAAAUGAAUUCUUUGAAGAAUAUGGUGAGAAGGGUGUUGAAGCAGAGAAGCGAGCUAUAUCUUUCCUCUCUAAAUUACGAAAUGAACUGCAAACAGACAAACCAGUGACCCCUUUAGAAGAUGAGCUGGCAGAUGCUGCACUGUGGAACCAAUACCUGGACUUUCAACGAAAUCUGUCAAAUGGGAAUGGAGAACCAAGCUGGUUUCAGUCCCCUUGGUUAUAUGUAGAAUGUUAUAUGUAUCGAAGAAUUCAUUCAGCAUUAGCACAAAACCCACCUAUUGACAACUUUGAUGUAUUUAAGGAAGGAAAAGCUCAAAGUUUCUUUGAAUCUCAACAGGCAGUUAUUGCCUUAUGCACUUACUUUCAGGAACUUCUUAGGAACGUCAAGGAUCUUGAUGAGAAGCAACUUCAGGGGGAACUUUUUAAGCUACUGCAGGCGGCACUGUGGGGAAAUAAGUGUGACCUUUCUUUUUCAGCUGGUGAAGACAGCUCUCAGAAAUCUAGUCCUUUACAGUCCCUGGAAGACCUGAUGCCUUGCAUCUUAGUGAAUGAUAUGGAAAAACUUUGGUCGCUACUUAUAAAUGCCAAAAAAAGAACUACAGAUAAAUCUAUUGUUAGAGUUGACAUAAUCCUGGAUAAUGCUGGAUUUGAACUUGUAACUGAUCUUGUAUUGGCUGACUUUCUGUUAUCAUCAAAGCUAGCUGAUGAAAUCCAUUUCCAUGGAAAAAGUAUUCCAUGGUAUGUGUCAGAUACCACAAAGCAUGAUUUUAACUGGACUAUUAAACAACUGCAGUCAGCUAAUCAUAUGUGGAUGUCUAGAUGUGGGAUAAAUUGGGAGGGCAAUUUAAAAAAGGGAGUUUGGGUUUACCAUGAUCACAUGUUUUGGACUUUGCCACAUGAGUUUUCUAGUAUGGCUAAAGUUGCUCCUGAUUUGUAUGCUGAUUUACAGAAGUCAAACUUGCUGCUUUUUAAAGGUGAUCUAAACUAUAGAAAAUUAACAGGAGAUAGAAAAUGGGAAUAUACUGUUCCAUUUUAUCAAGCCUUGAACAAGUUUCAUCCUGCACCUCUCUGUAGUUUGAGAACACUGAAAUCUGACACUCAGGUUGGUCUAAAACCAGGACAAAGUGAACAAAUUCAGGCUUCUGAACCUGAUUGGAUGAUAAAUGGGAAAUACGGUAUAGUUCAAUUUGCUGCUCUUGUAUGACUCUGGUUAAUACACUUUCUGAUACUCUGAUAGAUUUAGUCUGAUUGUUUCAACUAUUUUCUCUGUUCCAUGCUUGACUCAAAGGUUCAUUUUUUUGCUUGCACUUUUUUCCCAGGUUGUUUGUUAUUAUGGUUCCAUAAGACAUUGACGUGCAAAAGUUUACAAAUUGUUUAUAUAUAGAUAUAUUAAAAUGCAGUUUGAUUUAUUUUCUUAAUGUCCAGUGUUAACAGAAUAUAUUUAAGAUGAACACUUAGUGGUCCAUAUUUUUUUCCUCGUCAGUGGGUAAGGGAGUUUAUGCCUAAUCAGUGAAGAAUUUGUUUCAGAAACUUUUUCCUCAGCCACACCUUGGCAUGUAUUUAUUUCAGCGUAAUUUGUGUUUUACAUGCCAUGAAUUGCAUGAAAACUAGUACUUGGGGGAAUGUAAAAUUCUUUGCAGCCUGUUGUGGGACCCUGUUUUAAAGCUGUGUAAAAUUGAGUUGACUCUUACCAAGACCUUAUCACAUAAAAUCUGUGUCUAUUACUUGCUCUUUUUCCUCAAUGGAAUGACUUCUCAAAAGAGAAUGACUUUCCUCAAAUGACUUCUGAUGUUUUUCAGUGACAAUCUUGAGUAUAUCCAGAAGUGCAUUAAGGGAAGAGCUUUUGGGUCAUACCUGGUGUAUGUACUAAUUUUCAUUUUGAAAAUUACAUUUAAAUUUGAAUUUUAGAAUACAGGGGAAUGAUGCUAGCUGGUUUUCCUGCAGGAGGGUAGUCAUCCCAUCGGGCAUGAAGAUCAGACCUGGAAGUAGGAGAGAGGAUAGUCUUUAAGAGUGUAGAAGGUAUUGCUAAGACCCUUUACGAAAAGAAUCAAUUAUUUUGGUAGGCAGAAUUUUAAAUUUAUUAAAGACUUGUAUUAAGGGGGUGCUGUCCAGCAGUGUUUGUGGUUUGAGGCUUGCCUGCAUCCUUGCAUUGUGAGGAUUUUCUUUACUUGUAAAAUCUAACUUAAGGAAAAUUAGGCUUGGCAUCUUCUUGGGGGAAGUACAGGCCCAGCUGCACUGGGAAGUGUACACUAGAGAAGCACCUGCCAUAGCAGGAAAGCAGCUCUGUGGAGAAGGACCUGAGAGUCCUGCUGGACAGCAAGUUAACCGUGAACCAGCAAUGUGCCCUUGUGGCCAAGAAGGCCAAUGGUAUCCUGGGGUGCAUUAGGAAGAGUGUGGUGAGCAUGUCAAAGGUGGUGAUCCUGCUGCUCCACUCAGCCCUAGUGAGGCCACAUCUGGAGUACUGUGUCAAUUUCUAGUCUCCCCAGUACCAGAGAGACCUGGAACUUCUGGAGACAGUCUAGUGUAGGGCCAAAAAUGUCUACAAAUACCUUAAGGGAGGGUGUCAAGAGGAUGGAGCCAGACUUUUUUCAGUAGUCCAGAGUGAUAGAACAAGAGGCAAUAGGCACAAACUGUAACACGGGAAAUUCCACCUGAAUAUGUGGAAAAACUUCUUUACUGUGAGAGUGACAGAGCACUGGAACAAGUUGUCCGGUGAGGCUGUGGAGUUCCCUCCUCCGGAGGUAUUGAAAACAUGCCUGGAUGUGAUCUUGUGCAAUGUGUUCUAGGUGACCCUGCUUGAGCAGGAGGUUUGGACUAAAUGAUCUCCAGAGGUCCCUUCCAACCUCAAUGAUCCUGUGAUACUGGUUGCUAUUGGAGUUGCUAAGUUCAUGUUUCCUCCUGUCUACCCUGGUCUCAAAUUACCUCACUCAGUUUCAGGGAAAACCUAAAAAUAUUUUAGUGGUUCUCAGAUGAAGUGGAGGCAGAAGUGAAUUAUCCAUUUUUAAGGAAAAGUUAAAAAUAGAUUCUGACAUAUCGAGGUAUUUCCAUAGUUUGAAGUAGUGCCUUUGGUAGGGGGACUAUUCUGAUGCCAGUGAUAACUGCAGGUUUGUUAGAGGAUGGUGGCUAAUUUUCCUAUAGAAACUGUGAUCAGUGUGUGCUGAGGUCUAGAGUUGCUAGAACAAGCAGAACUUCCCCUGUGGUUGUGCCUAGCAGCCAAGGCUGUUGUGUUACAGAGAAGAGGAGCAGACAGUAGAGAGUCUUCCACAGAUGCACAAUGAAGAGUACAGUACAGUGGUCUUAUUUGAGUACAUACUGCAAAUGAAGAAACAGGUGCUAUGACAAGGGAGCUAGAAUAAUUGAUGAAGUAGGAUUAAAAAAGACUUUUGCACUUACAGUUAACCUAAGGGAAGGGUAAAUUUUGGCAGGACUAAAGAGAGGGAAGAUAGGGCAGUGUUCUGCAAUUAGACAACGCUAUUCUGGGCUUGGGAGAGUGGAAGGGGUACAGUUCCCUUUCAAUCAGAAUGAGAAGGGAGACAUUUUGCCACUACUUUCAUUGGAGAGAAUCUGCUGCUUCUGUGAGUUACUGUAUUCAUACAGUAAAGGUCUAUACAAUGGAUAAGCAUGUUCCAACUAUUGAUGACUUUGUGGUCUUUCUGCAUCUGAAAGUAUAUUAGUAUUUUUAAGUUACAAAGUCAAGUAUUCAAAAACCUACAUGCUAGGAAUUUCAGGAGGCAAUAUGAUACAGUAAAUAAGUUUCUAAUUUUGUGAGACAUAGCUUUAGUGUUUUCAUUUCUCCUGUGUGUCUGGAUUAGUACCUCUAAAGGAUAAAUACUUGUUCAUCUUUAGGUACUUGAUGGAACUGUGUAAGCUAGAACUCCAGUCAAGAGAGCUGAGGGUCAGGCUGCCAGUCUCUGGAGAGAGCUUGGGGAAGCAUGAGCUUGGUGCUUUGGUCAAAUACAUAAACUGCGUGUUGAAUCUGGGUACUGGAGCCUUAGUAUCUCACCUGUGUAUUUUGUAAACUUUUAUCAAAUGUACUUUGAAGCAACAACUUUAGGUCAAGAACAGAAGAUGGAAGUUGUGGAGUAUGUGCAAUGAAAAAUCGUUGCCUUGUUCAAGGAAACAAAAUAAAGAAUGAAUCAGACUUGUUUGUCAACAGUAAGCUUCUGCCUUUGUUUGCUGGAGAAGUCUGAAAAUGUGUAAAUAACAAGGCAAGAUGAGAAAGGAUUGUUUCACUGAUGAGACCAUCCCUGAAUAGAGUUGCCUCUUGCACAGUCCUUACAGAUGGUGAGGAACUCGGUUUUAUUUUUCACCAGUUUUUGAUCUGUCUCUGUAUGUGCCCAGGUUACCUCCAGGGUCUGACGUCCUAAUGCAGAUCAGUGAAAACUUAUAUUCUGAAAUUAUGUUAAAUAAAAACCACCAAAGUUCUAUAUUACUUAACAAAUACAUCAGUAUGUGCUCACUAUUGAUUAAAUUUUCUAACUGGAGAUUGUUGCAUUAAUGUUUGUGAGGAAGUAUGAUAGUGCCUCCAUGGAUACUGUAAGUAAUUCUUUAGGUUAGGCUUUGAAUGGUAAUGUAAUACUGUCUUGAUGAAACGUCAUGCUGAAAAAAAUAAUUAGUUUUAUUCUCCAGUUUAUUAAGACAGCACUUGUCUCUUCAUUAGGAACAGAUGUUUUUAUGGUAAUAGAUGAUGUGACUAUGUAAUUACAUUAGGAAUGCACAGCUUUAACUUCCAAAUAUUUUAUUGCUUGAUUGUUGUAGCUAUAACUGGCAAGUGUCAUCUAUAGACAGAAUUGAAUAUAGAGCAUGCUUUUCUGUUUGGUUGACUGUAUUUUUCUAAAAUAUGGAUUGCUAGAAGAAAAAGAAAUGGUGUUGAAAUACCAGAGUUACAUUAUCCCAUGCCACAAAGAAAUAGUGAAGGCUAUAUUAUUCUGAAGAGGCAGUGUGCUUUGCUCUUUAGUCAGCUACAGUUUAAUUGAAAACAAUGUAUUUAGGAAGCACUUCCUUAGAUAUUCAGUUUUAAUUACUCAGUAAUGUACCUUCAUGAAAUACCUGAUGCAUUUAGAUGGAAUUUAUUGUUAUAGUACAGCAUAAAGCAUGCAAUAUACAUUAUAAUAUAGCACAAACAUUUUUCUUGGGCAUUCAAGAAAAUUACUUUUUGCACAUCUGUUACAACUGAUUGCCCAAAAUGCUUGUUCAGUAUAACUCAGGGGCUGCUGAUUUCUGCACUGUAAUGUUUGGUAUUUUCUUGUUGUGCCAUUUGAGUAUUUAUAGCAGAAAUAAGGGCAUUUUCAAUAAUCCUAUGGACCACCACAGACUAAAGUCUUUUGACUUCUAUUUUUUAUUUUAUUCUACCUUUUGAAAACUUUGUAAGUCAGUUUUGGAGCAAUAGUGAUGACUUCCAUCUUUGAACCAAUAGGAAAAAUAAUGUUACAGGCACCCUGAAAACUAGUAUAGUAUGUUUGUCUGAAUACUUGAAUGCUCACUAAGUAAGAUGUAUGCAAUAAUUCUGUAUGUAUUUGUGGCAAUAAGAUGGGGCUUCUUAAAUUGAUGUGGAAAAUCAAUUUGUAUGAUUGGACUUUAGCAAGAUACUGAAAUAAAGGAUAAGAUUUUGUGGAAAAAUCAAACUUCAUUCUAUUAUUUCAAUGGCUGGAAAAGCCAACUUAAAAAAAAAAAAAAAAAAAAAAAAAAGUCGUCUCAGUUCCUGGAAUCUUUGCCUGUGGCAUAGUUUUAGUAUAAAAGCCUAUAAAGCCUAUAUCAGCCAAUAAGCUUUCAUAAGAAACAGAUUUAAGAGGUGGAUAUCAUAACAUUUUCCUUUUCCAUAAUACUACUCUGCCUUGAAAAAGAUUCUACCUUACUGCAUACCAGUAUCUGUUCUUGUUUAAAUUUAAAAAAUUUAAAGCAUUGAGACUCUCUUAAUAUAUCUGAUGAUUGUUUACUCAGGUUAAUAUAGCUGGCAAGUUUGAAUGUUGACAGUUGUUCACACAGCAUUUCUGAGCAUGUGUUAAUAGAUCUGGAAUUUGGAGUUAUCAGUAUCAUUUUCCAAACCUGUGAGUGCUCCAUAUAUUCUCAGCAAAAAUAGAAAUACUGUAGUGCUUUACUAAGCAUAACUAAAAUCUCUGCAUCACUUUGCAUAUUUACAUGUAUUGCUGGUGACCUCUAGCCCCUACCCUACCUUGUUGACAUUGAAAUAAUUCCUUUAAAGUUCAUAGUGUAUAUGUGUUAAUGGCUGACAUACUUAAAUUCUUGCUUCAUGUGAAGCAUAUUUAUCUCCUGUAGUCUAUCAAACAUGUUCACUCUACUACACA